AUGGCGACCUUCAAACCCUACCCGUUCCUACUCGGGUUCAUCGUUCUCUUUUGCUUCGUGCAACCCACACUGGCCUUUGGCGCCGGUAACAUUGCUGGCAUCUCCAAGGUCGAGGGCCAGAACUGGCGUCACGGCGAUAUCGAGGAUGCCCUUCUCAGGAUUGCCAUGGCCCGUGUGGCCGGCGGCAAGAAGUUCGACAAGUUGAUGGUCUCUCGUGUCUACUUUGGUAACUGGCUGCGCGACUACUCGCAGGCUAUCGACGUUGGCACGGUCAAGGCAGUCUCCGCCGAGGCCAUCCGCCUCCUCCUGUGCAUUCUCGGCUUCGUCACUUUCGGUUACGGGAGUGGUGAGUUUGAGGUCACCGCCGAACGUCUGGGCUGCUACCGCCCCGAGGACCACAUCGACAACCCCAAGAACUAUGCCGACAAUGUGGAUGCGACCGAUUAUGAUCCCCGGCUGCGCGGGCUCGUCGAUGAGUCGGUAGAGCUAGCCAUCGACGAGGAAACCGGCAUGAAGAACUAUAUCGCGAACGAGAACGCGGGCAUCAUGACUUCGGCCCAGCAUGUCCGCCGCCUGUUUAGCAAAUGCAUCCGGCUGGGCCGCUCCUACGGCCAGUCCAAUAACAAGAAGGAACUCUACGAAGCCUUGCGCCUUCUCGGCACCGGCCUCCACUGCCUCGAGGGUGUGUACUUGGCGGCAGCCCUCCUUCCGAUCCCCGGUGCUCGCCACUCGGUCUAUCCCAUAGUUACUGGCACCUUUGGCGGUGUUGAUUUCCUGCACUCGGUGACCGGCGAAUUGUCCGACAAGAUGAUCCAAAGCGAGAUCGAGGACCUCGAGGGAACCUUGCAGCAGAGCAGCAAAAGCGACACCAGCCUUCUUCGUGAUCUGCUCGACAAGAUCCCCGAUGGCCUGCUCGGUGGCAGCGACAAGUCCAAGAUAGACGACAUUCAGCAGAACGCCCAAGCCGCCCAGAUGGAGAACGUGAGCGUCUCGCCGCGGGAGCCUGAGGAGUUCACCAGGUAUAUCCAGACCAUCUUUAAGCAGAUCAUGCCCGCCAUCGAGUUCCACGACGAGCUCCUCAAGAACAUUUCCGAGGCCAUCUCCAAGGUGCCCGUCCUGCCCAAAAUUAUUGAGCAGCUAGAAGAGCAGAUGUCCGUCUUUGUCUUCCAGAUCAUUGCGCCGUUCAUUAUCCCGGUUAUUGAGCAGAUAAAGAACGAGCUCGCGACUGGCGCCACCGAGAUCAUCCAGAGCAGCCAGAACGAGCAGCACAUCGUCUUUGAUGACGACGACUCCACCGACCCCACCCACUCGAUGUUGGCCAAGGACCACUUCACAAACAUCCUCAACGAAAUUGGCGGGCGCACCGCGUCCAAGGUUGUCUCAUGGAGCGUACCGCAGAUCAUGGAUGCGUGGGAUGACGAGAGCGUUGAUGUGGACCAGCUGCUCAACAAGAUCAUUUACGGAGUGCUGCAUCACCCGGCGCAGCGCGACAUGGGACCUGAGGGGGCCGAGGAGGGCCGCAACCUCAUCUUCGACAUGGUGCGCGAGUGGUGGGAAGACAUGGGCGACGCACAGCGCGAGGAGUACCGCGGCAAGCUGAGCCGCGAAGGCGUCGAGCGCGGGGAGAACCACCGCGAGGGCCAGACCGACUGCGGCCACGGCUGCGGCGGCAAGCUGAAGAUGCACAAGAACUUCAGGAACGAGGCAGAGCAAACCAUGGAGGACCGCAUCGCCGGCGCCGCCGCCGAUGCCAUCAUGGGGGGCGUCAAGCAAGGGUUUUCCAACGCAGUCGAGAACGCUGCAGCUGGCGGUGGCGGCGGGUUCGGCCGCGAGGAGUCCGGCGGAUUGGGCGGCUUCCUCAGCAACGUGGCCGGCGGCAUCCUCGGCGGGUUCAAGCGGGACGAGACCGAGGCGUACCAGUCCGGCGGCCGCACCGAGGACGGCGGCUACUCGCAGACGACCACCGAGUACGGCCGCUCCGGCGACCGCUACGGCCAGGCCCAGUACACCGAGACCCAGUACGGCGACGGCGGCAGCCGCAGCGAGUACCAGCGCUACGAGCAGCGCGAGGACAGCGGCGGCCGCGAUGAGAGCUACGGUUACAGCGAGCGCACCGAGACCCGCUACGGCGGCUCUAGCGGCGGCUACGGCGGUGGCUACGGUGGUGGCGGCGCUGCCGAUGACUAUGUUCGCAGCUCUGAACAGAGCAGCUACGGCGGUGGCGGCGGUUAUGGGCGCCGCGAGGAAGAGAACAGUGGGUAUGGCGGUGGUGGCGGCUAUGGCCGUCGCGAGGAGGAGAGCGGCGGUUAUGGUGGCGGUUAUGGUGGUGGCGGUGGCUAUGGCCGUCGCGAGGAGGAGAGCGGCGGUUAUGGCGGUGAUGGUGGUUACGGGCGCCGUGAGGAGGAGAGCAGCGGCUAUGGGGGUUAUGGCCGCCGCCAAGAAGAGGAGAGCAGUGGGUAUGGUCGUCGCCAAGAGGAGGAGGGCGGCAGCUAUGGUGGCUACGGCCGUCGGCGGAACGAUGAUGAGGAGGAGGAAGAGAGCGGUGGACGCCGCGGGUGGGGUUACUAG